GGCUGGCGGUUGCUAGGAAAACGAGAGGCUGGCGGCAGCUCUAAGGACUCCACCCCUGCUGGAGAGGGAAUGGGUCAGAUGACCGCUGCUCUGCGAUAAGAUCCCACGGGGGCGAGAUCCCGGCAUCAUUUCUAAUGGAGUCAGAAGAUUAGGAAGCGGCCUUGGGGAGCACCUUUGCCAGCAGAAGCUCAUGCUGUCCCUGUGUGGCCCAGGGGCUCUCUCAGCAGCUUCUGGGCUGAGCCAACCGGGAUGGGCUUGCACUGCAGGGCGCACAGUCCAGGGUCCUGCAGUCCGCCUGGGGGCGGUGGUGCUGCUCCUGCUCCUACUGUGCUGGGCGCAGCUGACCUCUGGUUCUCUGGAAGUGGUGAUGCAAGGAAGGACACAGACGGUAUUGCUGAACAACAAUGUCACUAUCUCCUGCAAAGCCUCUGGCUUCCGAAUGCUGGACCCCAGUACUGUGGGCAUCAGGUGGUAUCAAAAGAAUCAGGUGUCUAAAGCAGAGGACAUGGUGUUAGAGUUAUAUGGUGAUACUAAAGAUGUCAGACAACCUGGGACUGAGGUGUCUCUAAAGAGGCUGCAGUCGGGUGAUGCCUCACUGCAGCUGCCUGGUGUCCACCUGUGGGAUGCAGGAGUGUACCGGUGCCGGGUGGCAGUCCCCUAUGAGAAGGCACAUGGAACGGUCUUGCUGGAAGUUCUGGCUCCACCAAACUGCACACUGAAUCUGGAACAAACCACAGAGAAAAAUAAAGAAAGUCACAGCAGUCACAGCAGUCGCCUUGCAUGCCAGUGCCAUGGGUUUCAUUCAAAAGACAUUAACAGAACGUGGGUGAAGUGGAACCACAGUGCUUCCCAGGACGAAGUGAUUUCCGAGGGCAACUGGACUGAUCCUGUCAUCACGAAUGAGAAUGCUACAUUCACCAUCACCAGCUACUUGGUAGUCAACUCUACAGAAGACAACCUCUACUGUGAGGUGCAGCACCCAUCCUUGCCCACUCCCUUGAGGUUGAACAUCACAGUGCCUGUGGGAGAAACUAAUGCAACACCUCUGGGUAGGUCUCGAUACAUGUGGAUCCUGUGGAUCCUUGCUCCUGCUUUGAUGGCACUGAUUUUUUUAGUGAUUUAUCUAUUACUAUUUGGAGAAGGUAAUGGGCUCUGUCAUAGUUAUUUUUCUUGUUGCUGACAGAAAAUACCUGAGAACUGAAGUGGAAGGUGGAAAGGUUUAUGUGUCUCACAGUGUUGAGGUUUCAUCCAUAAUUUGCAGGCUCCAAGGAAAGUGGCUUCCUCCAGCAGCACAUUUCAUGCCAGAUGGAAUUUUGCAAAAGCAGUACCAUUCUUAUCACCGAAUAUGCAGCAGUGACACUGAAGAAGAAGGCACAGCCCUGAGAAGUGUGGCUGGGUGCCCAGCUGACUGCAGUCAUCCCAUGGGUGGCUGGAAUCCUUCCCUCGCAGUUUACAUGGAUGAGUUCAAGCCUUCAUGCAUGUCCAUGUCCUCACUGUUUGCUGC